CCCGGCCGGGCCGCCGUCCAGUUCAGUUCGUCUGUGACCAUCGAGGUGGUGAGGCUGUCCUGCGUGGCUCCGUGCGCCCGGCGCGACCGCGUGACCAGCCAAGUGCGCGAGUGUGUGUGUUUGUGAGUGUAGUGCCUUACGUGUUAUGCAGUUCUGAGCGGAGCUUCUCUAGGAGCCCCUGCCGGAGCCCCAAAACCAGUGUCCCAAAUGCAUCUACCACCGCCCGGGGAUUUGGUGUACGACAUUAGAAGAGCGAGUCUCCCCAACUUUAACAACAACAAUAACAACAACAACAAGGAUUUGCUGGGCUUCAACAACAACAUCAGCGAGACGCGGAGCAGCAGCAACAGCAGCAGCAGUAGCGUCGCCAGCGAGCCCCCGGCCAUGGCGUCGGCGGCCACCACGACCGCGCCGUCGUCGGCGGCAUCCUCCUCGCCGCCCGCCCAGGACAUGCAGGUCCCGGACUUCUACACGGGGCUGCACGAGGCCCUCCAGGAGUACCACGGCGAGCUGGUGCAGACGGGCAGCCCGGCCGUGCUGUGCUCGGCCCUGCCCACGCACUGGCGCUCCAACAAGUCGCUGCCCAUGGCCUUCAAGGUGGUCGCCCUGGACGACGUGCCCGACGGCACCCCCGUCACCGUCAAGUGCGGCAACGACGAGAACUUCUGCGGCGAGCUGCGCAACUGUCAGUCCGUCAUGAAGAACCAGGUCGCCAAGUUCAACGAUCUGAGAUUCGUGGGCAGGAGUGGCAGAGGUGAGUGCAACUUCCACUUCGUACCCGGCCACCCCGGCUUCGGCACGCUGGCGGGCAUGUUCCCGCCGCAGUGGCUGGACGCGGCCUACCUCAGCUACGCCUGGCCCGACUACUUCCGGAGGCCGCCGCCGCUGCAGCCGCAGGCCCCGGCCGGCGCGCAGGACCCUCUGUGCAAGAUACCCGGGCUGUGUCCCACCAAAGGUGACCCUGCCCUGGGGCCCGACUUCUACCCCGGCCUGCACCCUGGCUCGGCCGCCGGACUACCGCCCUACGGCGCCGUGCCCGCCCCCGGGGCGUACCUCCCCGGACUGCCUUACCCUGGGCUACCACCUCACGGGCCUCGCGCCCCCAACCCCGCCGACCUGCUGGCCUCCCCGCUGCACAAGUCGCCGCACUCGGCGUUCUCGACCACCUCGCUGCCCGCGCAUCCGUCACCCCUCGGCCUCGUCGUCACCCCCGACCGGACGUCGUCGCCCACCUCGUCCUCGCCACCUCCGCGCCGGAAACGGCGCCUGUCCCCGUCUUCGCAGCGCAGCGGCGACAGCAACAGCCAGCACAGCGAUAGCUCCGACGCGGAGGAGGUGAUCGACGUGGUCAAGUCCGCCUUCCAGCAGGUGCGGCCCGCCGCAGCCCUCGGGCUGCCCGUGUCCCUGGCCACGCCGCCGUCGCCGCCCUCGCCGCCUAGCCGGACAAGCCGCGGGCCCAUGCCGACCGCCGCCUCCGCCGGGAGUGCCAGCCCCAAGAGGCCGAGGACGCCGUCGACGGAGAGGGCGGCCGUGAUCGGAUCGACGGAGUGCCACAAGAGCCCGGCCAUCCGGCCGACGCACCAGCAGGUCAAGCACGUCUGGAGGCCGUAUUGAGCGCGAGCGCUGAGCGGGGAGGGCGCGUACUUGAGUUGCUCUGGAUGUGUCGCCUCCCCUUCACCUGUGGCCUGCCUGCCCGCGCCAAGCUGUCCACCCCCGCCAUUCGCAAACUGCGGAGCUCCGCAAAAACUUUUUAUUUUUACUUUUGUCGAGUUCUUUUGCUUUGGGUUGUUGCGGUCGCAAGAUUUGGGCCCCCUUCCUUCCGCAAUCCACUUUUCUUCCCUGUUUUUUGUUAGUUUCUACCAUGGCUAGAAUUUAGUCUUGUCCACUUUUGUGUGCGACUAUGCGCACAAGCCUUCGAUUCUCAGUAUGGUAGAAUAAUUAUUUCGAAAAUGAAAUAUGCAAUCAUUGUUGUUAUUCUCUAGAACCCUUCUUAUAUUACAAAACUAGUUUGUAAACUCGUCCUGGCUGUGAUCUUUCUAAAAAGGGUUCUUUGAUGUUCUGCCGUGACUUGCAAAUUUGUAUGUCUCCUUGAGACUAGUGGAUUGUGGACUUGGUCUAGAAUUUCUUUCCCGGCACUGACACGUUGCCUGGCUCGUAUUGCAUUUGGCGGAGUUGAUAUCCUUGGUGCAAAUCCAUUUCCAAAGUUAACCAUCCCUUUCUCUAUUCCAAAGACUGGCUACUUCGCCUUUACUCGAUGUGGCAUUUUUAUGUGUACCUAGAUGUGUAUAUAUAGAGUAUAUAUUCUUAAGAUGUGUACAGUGUGUAUUGUAUCUGUACAUGUCCUAAAAACACUACUGUAAGUUAAACUGUACAUAGUGUAUCUAAGAUUUUACCUUUCAUUGAGGUAUUUUAUCAAACAAAGAAUUAGUGGCUCAUCAUAGUUUGUUGCAAAGUAGACCGUACCACCAGAAUGUAGCUUUCAUGAAUGUUGUCAUUUUAGGUUUAUACUACAUUAGAUGAGCUGUUUUCUUCAAAGUAUAAUAUUGUUAUUAUGAUUCAAGAGGUUCCUCAUUAAGACCUCAUACGUAGCUACCCCUCUUUUUGUACUGCACAUCUUCCGUUUCUAACUGUUCAGUAAACAUAGUGUAAGUUUACCCAUUCCACUAAGUUCUGCCUCUCUACAUAGUGGUGUGUACUUAAUGUUUUAUAUAAUUCAAUCCAGUAGUUAUUUUUUUACUAAGAUGAGCCCCAAAACAAUGUUAUCUUACCAUAAACAUAUGUCUAUUCUGUGGACUUCGUUCCCAAAAAUUGUGAUACCUAAAGAUUAUAUGAAAUUUCAUUUUAUCGUACUAGUUACUACAAGAGUAAAAAUAAAAAAACUAGUAACUUUUAAAA